AUGCAAGCAGCCAUAAGCAAGAUGGUUCUCCUCCUGGACGCUCGUGUGCAUAAGAAUCUCAUCCAGAGUAGUAACACAGCAAAGGAGCUCUGGGAUGGUUUGAGGAAGAUGUACGACGAUCUAAACGACGCGGAAGUGGCGUCGCUCGCAGAAGCCUUUGAGCAAAUCAAGAAGGGAGACAAUGAGGCCGUGGACGCAUACGUCACAAGAGCCUACGAAAUGUAUCUGAAGGUCACACGGCACGAGGACUACAAGAUGUCAGUUCCAUUGGGUAUUUUGAAAAGCGUACGAGGCUUGAGUGAUAACGAGUUUGGUACCGAGGAGCGCGUUUUCAGGGCUACUGGGUACCCGAAGACAUUUGAGGAGCUAAGGGCGCGCUUGCUGGCGAUCAACGCCGAAGCGAAUGUUUCUGCAAGGAAGACCGAGUCCGAGCCAGUAGCGGCGUUCAUCGCUAAUCGCAGUUCCAAGGCACAUUUGAUAUGUUACUCCUGUGGCAACACUGGUCACAUCGCCCGCGAGUGCUCCAACGCAAAAGGCGGCACUCCGCAAUCUUCAGGCUUCGGUUCUUCCUCUUCCCGUGUACCGCGCUCAACGCCAGCCGACUCAGCGACGUUGAGGUGUGAUUGGUGCGGGAAGGACGGUCAUGUCGCGUCGCGGUGUUUUCGAAAAAAGGAGGGAAAACCGCGAAUUGGUCAAAAGGAAAUAGUCGCUCUAACCUUGGUAGCUCGCAAACAAGAAUUCACGCCAGGAGACGUGGAACAGCACGCGAAUGGAAAACUAGAAGGGUUUUCCUCUUUUGAUCACUUUAUUCGGCACCGAC